AUGAAAGACGAAAAAAUGGCCGUGACCGCGAGUCAGGUCCCCAUGGAUCGCGCAAAGACCCCCGAAAAGGCCGGGAUGGAUGAGAUGCGCCUGGAAACCGCACUGGGCCAUAAACAGGAGCUGUCGCGACAUUUCGGGCUGUGGAGCUUGACCAGCCUAGGUAUAAUUAUUGCCAAGUAUGUAUACCUCCGCAGACACAGUAUCACUCUGCUAAUACCACCAAGCUCAUGGGCUUCCACAGGGGGCACAAUCGUGGCCGCUCUCCAGAAUGGAGGCCCAAUGGCGGUUCUAUAUGGACUGAUCUUGGUCAGCGUCUUCUACACAGCCAUCUCAGCUUCUCUUGCUGAGCUUGCCUCUUCAAUGCCUUCAGCAGGUGGUGUUUACUACUGGUCUUCGGUGUUGAGUCCUACCAAAGGCCGCAAGACCGGCUUUUUUACGGGAUACCUGAAUGCUUGCGCAUGGCUACUGUCUGCUUCCUCCAUGAGCUCGAUUUUGGGCAACGAGGCUAUAGCGAUGUAUUUAUUGAAGCAUCCGACUAUCGAGUGGCACUCCUGGCAGGUUUUCAUUGUAUUUCAAAUUGUCAAUUGGACAUGUUGCGCCAUCGUCUGUUUAGGGAAUCGGUUUAUUCCAUUGAUCAACCGUAUCGCUCUGAUCUUAUCCAUGUGUGGACUACUCACAACGGUGAUAGUCCUCGCGGUGAUGCCUAAAAAGCAUGCCACCAGCUCUCAAGUCUGGACGCAAUACCACAACAUGACGGGCGGAUGGUCUGAUGGGAUCUGUUUCAUGACCGGUUUGUUGAAUGCUGCAUUUGCAGUGGGUGUACCGGAUUGUAUCAGUCAUCUGUCAGAAGAAGUGCCCAAACCAGAGGUCAAGGUCCCACAAGGCAUCAUGCUACAAAUGCUCACGGCCUUCACCACCUCAUUCGUCUACCUGAUCGCCCUUUUCUACUCAAUCCAAGACCUGGACGCCGUUUUCGCAAGCAAUAUCGGAUUCUUCCCAACAGCAGAGAUCUACCGACAAGCAACUGGAUCCAACGCAGGCGCCAUUGGACUUAUCGCCGUCCUCUUCCUUGCAACGUUCCCAACAUUGAUCGGCACAUUCAUGACCGGCGGGCGAAUGUGGUGGAGUUUAGCGCGGGACAACGCGACCCCGUUCGCAAGGUAUUUCGCCCAUGUCCAUCCAACACUCAACUGUCCCGUGCGAGCAACAGUUGCCAUGAGCGCGCUCGUCACCUGUUUGGGGUGUAUCUACAUUGGCAGCACAACAGCGUUCCAAGCACUCAUCUCCUCAUUCAUUGUACUGAGCUCGUUGUCCUAUUUUGGCGCCAUAUGCCCACAUGUCCUGUCAGGCCGUCGGAACAUGGUCCCUGGUCCAUUCUACAUGGGCCAAAACCUUGGAAUGGUGGUCAAUAUCGUGUCCCUGGUUUACAUUCUGGUCACUGUCGUUUUCUUCUGCUUCCCCUUCGUGCUGCCGGUCACAGUGGAUAAUAUGAACUACACCAGCGUCAUUACCGUGGGCUUGAUGGCCCUGACUGCCGUGUGGUGGGUGGCCCGUGGAAGACGCCAGUUCAAGGGUCCUCGGUAUAGUUUUGCAGCUGCUGAACGGUUGGCUACAUUCCAAGAAGGCAAACAGGGCCGUCAAUCAUUUAUCCAUGUCACAGGUGAUGCACCUGUUGCUUCUCUCGAGCAUCAAAAUACAUAA